GGGUGAAAAGAUGUAUCUGGAGUGGGACAGUAGGGAUUUUGGUGGGUUUUGUAUGGAACUGAUGAUUUUGAGCCACUUAUAAUUGGGAUUUUGGAGAGGCUUCAAGGACAGGCUUGGUUUUUGAAGAUAGCACAUCUACUGUUAAUAUCACGUAAGUAUCAGCCUUCUGAGUUUUUUAACCUUUAUAGAAUGGGAAACAUCAGGUAAUAAAAUUUCCACUUUUUAAUGGUGAAUCAAAAUUUACGAAGAGAUUUGCUUUCUUAUCAGAACUUAUACUUGCAUAGACAGUAUAUUAACCUAGACUCAGUCUCUACUGCAUCUCUAACCAGGCCGGCUACUGGGAUGCUUGUAUUAAACCAUCAGCAUGAUGUAACAAUCACUACGGUUCCCAUAAGCACAAGUGCAUGCUCUGUGUAUAUCGAGCUGUAUAUUUAUCGUGCAAUGAGUUCGAACCUGUUCUGCAUUCCAAUAACUAUUCCCUUUGAUGGGCCGUAUCCCUACGUGCCAAGAUUUUGUGUUUACUACACCCAAACAGCUGAUUUUAAAGCUUACUGAAUCCUCUUUGAUGGAAAUGAGAUACACCAAGGUAUUGGAACUUUGACAGGGUCGAAACUGAGUGGAUGGCAUGCAUUCAAAUUUUCAGUAACCCACGGGGUUGGUGUUUAUAAUUUAUACCGUUUCUACUUCAAUGCCACUGCAGGUCCAAAUGGAGAAUUUAUGGCAGCGACAUUUGAACCAACCUGGGCAGCACCUGACCUUCGUCACAUGCAGCCUUUAUUAGGCCAAGUCAAAAGUACUGUCGGUUCAACUCCUUUCACUGGGAUGAUCAAUAGACUUAGCAUUUGUGACACUGUUAGCUUCUGUGGAAACUCAGAUACAUUAACACGAGAUACUCUUAUCGAUAAUUCUGCUAAACUUUAUCAAUACUAUUGGCCACUUAAUGAUGAAUACAACAGCUAUGAGGAGUACAAAGUAAUCUCAUACGAAAAGAUUCAGAAAGACAUAGGUUCAGCCGAUUUCAUUUUCUACAAUGCUGAUAAUACCAGAGUGGUUUAUCCAACAAAUAAUGGAUGGGUGAGUCUUUAUAGAGACAGCUUGAUGAUGACAGAGCCAUUCCCAUUCAAUAGUGCCAUGCAGUUCACAAUUGAGUUCGAGUUUCUCAAGUUUGAACACAACACAGUCUUCUGGAUGUAUCCAUGGUUUGAUGAAAAUAAUCAAUUUGAACAAUACUGGACAAACUAUCACCAUAAAAUACAAGCUGGCUCCAAAGAUACAAUCAUCCCAAUGCCUUCUCUAGAUGCAGCUAAAUGGACUAAAGUAAUGUACUCAUAUACCUAUGACGAAGAUAAUGGCAAAAUAACUCUUUCCAUGGAUCACCAGAUCCUCAGAGACCAAGCUGACAAUUCUGCCAAAACCUGUUCGUUAGAUCCGGCCACCAUCGAUGGUGCUGGGGCUAAAGCCCUGGCUUCAGUCUCCACUACAACUAAUACCAUGUCUAUCAGGAUCAAGGGUCUUCAAGGCAUCUUUAGGAAUCUGAAGUAUUACCCAUGGGCAAUUAAUACUGACACUUGUGAACAUUAUGAACCUUAUGAAGAGACUGGUAAUGCUGGAUACGACUAUCAGCCGGAACUUUAUCUCCAAAAGUUCUUCUCAGAGACUGCAACAAUCUCUAAUUCUACCAACCCUUGUCUGACUUACUUCACCGACCAGCCUGAGCUCUGCAUGGACUUGACUGAAGAGAAGCAUGAGUACUGUUCUGAAGGGUUUAGAGAAGAGUACUUCCACUGUAUUGACCAAUGAGGAGAUGGAGUAGUACAGCUAGCUCCAAGAAUGUUGGAGUGAGAUGAUGGGAAUUUAGAUAAUGGUGAUGGAUGAUCAAAGCAAUGUACAGUUGAAGACAAGUAUGUGUGAGUGGUCGAUAAGACAAUGGGUGAUAGAUCCUACUGUCAAUUAAUUUGUGGAAAUGGAAUUCUUGAUACAGACACUGAAGUAUGUGAUGACGGCAACUAUGGUAGUGGAGAUGGCUGUGAGAGCAACUGUACUGUCACUUCAAAGCAUAUUUGAGAGCAAAUACCUGGUCAACCUUCGUAUUGCACUCCUAUUUGAGGAAAUUCAGAGGUCAAUCCAGAUAAUGAUGAGACAUGUGAUGAUGGGAACAACUUGGAUUUUGAUGGAUGUUCUAAAGAUUGUAUCAUUGAGCCUAAUUAUAUUUGCAUUCAGGAGGUUGGUAAAGCUGAUAAAUGAAUUACUGAAUUCACGAGGCCAGCCAUUGUCUCUGAUAAAUUUGAUCAAAUGACAAACACAAUUACUAUUGAGUUUGAUCAAGAGAUGAUGAAUCAAGAAAUCAAUGACACAAGUGUGCUGUUGUUCAUAGAAAGCCCAACUACCGAAAUUUAUUUCACACUUGAAACUAAAUUUGAAGGAAAGAAGUUUAUUGCCACAUUUACACCAUCACCGCCUUUAAUAGGAGGAAUUGGUGAAAUCAUCACACUGACUUUACAAGAAGUUGAAAUGUUCAAGUCCAAUAACAGCAUCCCAAUGCUUUCAGCUGUUGCUUUUACAUAUGCUGUUCCAGCAUUUCCGGUCAGUGGAUCUGCUGAAAGCUCAGGUAAAGGUGCAUCAUACACAUUUUUAUUCACCAUUGGAAUAUCACUUGGAGUGGGAAUGCUGACUGGCGGAUCUUCUGAAACAAUGUGGAGUCUGGCCAACACUCUACAGAUUCUGUUCUUCAUGGGUUUGAUUGAGUUGGAUUAUCCAUCAGAUCUUGAAAACACGUUCAAAAUAAUGGCUUACUCCAACUUUGAAACCCCAUUUACUAAAUAUGUCACAUCAGUAGUAUUCUUCGGAAUGAAUUUCAUAAAAUCUCCUGUCAGUCCAAAAUUUGAAAGCCUUGGGUUCGAGUCAACCAAUAUCUUGGUCAACAGCUUUGACAAGAUCGGAAUGAUUUGACUAUUCAUUUUUCUCGCAUUGAUAUUAAGCUUCCUUUACAAGUGAAUCCACAAAAGUGAGUCCAGAACCGCAAGAUGAAUCAAGAAAAUUGACAAAUCUAUCAGAUAUGAGUCCUUUACCAGGUUUGUUGUUGAACUAAUUCUCAAUCUCUCUGUUGCUUGCUGGAUCAAUAUUUGGUAUGGAAGUGUUUCGAACACUGAAGAAAUCCUUGCAUUUGUAGUAUCGAGCGUGACUUUGCUUGGAAUGUUCCUAUUGACUGUCUAUGGAAUCUAUUACCCAGUCUACCAUUUUGAUGACAUUAAGAUGAACCCUGUCACCCACGAAAGGCAUUGCCUGUUUUUUGUUGAUUUCAAAAAGCAGAAAGUCAAACAACUUCUCUACUUUGGAUUCUUCAUGAUUAGGAGAAUGUUGUUUGCAUUUGUCAUCGUGUGCAUGAAAGAAGACCCGAAGAAGCAGCUGGUUUUGUGAAUGUUCAUGUUCACAUGGCAGCUUUAUUACUGAGUGUUGGAAAAACCAUAUGUGUCUCAAAUCAACAAUGUUCUAAAUGUGUGCAAUGAAUGCAUUUUAGUACUUUUCACUUGCCUCCUGUACCUCUUCAUUGAAACAAGUGAUUCAAAUGCAAUAACUCGAAUUGGAUGGGCGUGCAUUGGAGUUAUCAUAGUGUUCUUCCUGAUGAACUGGUUCAUUAUUUUCCCUUUUCUAAUAUAUUCUGGAAUAAAAUCAUGCAAAGGAAAGAAAUUUAACAAGGAAAUUUUAGAUCAGGGAGCUCCUAUGACUUACAAUGUCUUAGACCCAAUCAGAAGAGGAUUCCAGAGACCAGGUUUUUCUAUCCAAGAGUUCAGAAGAAGAAUCCAACAAUCCCACCCUCAAACUGAUGAAAUCAGAAUUGUACGAGCCCCUGACAUUUCUAACAGAGUCCCUCUCAAUACAAAUCCCACCUUGCCAGAACAAUUACCCCAUAUAAACUCAAGAUUAUUCAGCUAAAUAGCCAAAAUGAAUAAAACCCAUAAUCUUGCUAAAUCUUACAGAACCCCAAAAAUUUCUUUAAAAUUUUCUUCUUCUUCAGUCAAACUUCCUAAAAUUUCUUUCAUAAAUUCCUUUGUGUUAGCAAGGGCUAGCUUAAAAGGUUACGAAUUGCUAUUAAUAUUAACUUUCAUCGUUACCAAAUUUUAUUGGGAUUCGAAUACUCCAGAACAGUGUACACCUUGAUUCUGAGUCAAUGUUUGAAGUUUGCAAGACUCUUGUCUAAUAUAGAGUUUUUAGUGACUAACACUAUUCUUUAUUCGGGAAUAAUUGCAAAUUUAGAAAGAAAAUGAAGUUAUUAUAUGUUCUUGAUAAUGAAUUGGUUGACUAUUUUCUCAUUCUUGAUUUACUCCAUAGUCGAGUCAUGCAAGGAAACCAAGUUUGAUAAAACAACCUUGUACGAAAGAGAUAAUUCUGGCUUGUAAGGUAAAGGGCAAAUAGCAUACAAUGUCAGGAAUCCUAUGAAUAAAAUCUUUCAACGGGGAGUCUACACAAUAGAAGAAUUCAGAGAGAUAAUACAACAGCUAUACAUUCAUAGUAAGAGAUACAAAUCAGAAAGACUUCUUAUAUAUCCUAAAAUCAAUCAUACUUUCCCUGACGAGUACCCAAAAAACACAAUA